AUUUAGCCACGCCCCUUCCAUGCCGCGGCUCGGCUCGGCUCGGCUCGGCUGGGGACGGUGCGAGGCGGAGGCGGAGGGGCCGGGGCCAGACGGACCGAGCGGAUUGUCCCUGGUCCAGCUCAGUGCUCCCUAGAAAGAUGGAGAUAGCAGAAGAAGAAGAUAUAAAAUUUAUCACCGAUGAGAAGUUUGACUUUGGUCUGUCUUCUCCUUCAGACAGCCGGGACGAGGAGGUCCGGUAUGUCGAGAGGGGCGUGGCACAGGGGCUCGACCUGAACGUGCAGCAGAGGGAGGACGUGGGCCAGAGCAGAGAGUACUUGGUCCGCUGGAGCCCACUGAGUGCCGAGAAGCUGGAGGAGAUCGUGAAGGAGGCCAACCAGCUGGCCGUGCAGCUGGAGAGGUGCAGCCUGUGGGAGAAGGAGAACGCCAGGGCCGGGCUGCUGGGAGACACAGCGCUGGGCCCAGCGGGGGAGUCCCUUGUGUCCGUGCGGUUCCUGCACAAGGAGCAGGCGAGCCCCCGGAGCCCCCGGCGUGAGACCUUUGUGGUGAAGAACAGCCCCGUCAGGGCGCUGCUGCCCACCGUGGAGCCAGGGACGCUCCCCCCCGCGGGGAAAAGCCCCUCACCAUGCGCCAGAGCAGCACCGACUCCCCCCCGCCUCCGACACAAGCUGGGCAGCUGCUCUUCUGGCGGCGAAUGGCUCCGUAAGAAAUCCACCCCCAGCAAGGGCCCCGCUCUGUCGCCCACAAAGAGUACCGAGAAGCUGAGCCUCCAGGACCGGCCGCCCAGCCGUGCAUCACCAGCCAGGGGGAGGAGAGAACCAAUGGGCCCCAGGUCAUCUCCCUCCCAGCCCCGCCCUGCACAAGAGCCCUUGACGCCCCUUAGGAGAGCGGAGCUCCUCCAGGAAGCAAGUGCAGGUCGGGCUAAGGCCUUCAGGGGCGAUGCUCCCCAGCUCUCAGCCAGUGCCAGGCCUGCCCCUGGUGCACACGCCCACCAGACCCAGGCCAGGAAUAUGGCCACCCCUGUGCCUAUGAGUCGCCGCCCGGUGCCCAGCGGCAUCCCCAAGCUGGCCAGCCGCAUCGUCGUCCUGAGCAGGGCUGCCGUGCCCGGGAGGCCCAGCCAGCUGCAGCCCAUGGGCCGUGGCUCAGCUGGCAGGAGAGUGCUGCCGAGCGCAGCCGGACAGAGAGGCCCCGGCCCUCAGCGGACAGCCCCUCCAGGAAGCAGGCUGCAGCCACCCCGGAAGGUGACCUUGCCCAGGUCUCCGAGGUAAAGCUCUCCCACUGUGUGGUGGUGUGUGAGCCUUAUGGGAGCAGAGCUGCAGAUCAGAGCAAUCCCUGCGAGCUGUUUGCCUCAGGGCUGGCGCUGCCUGCAGGUUUGCUACAUAACUGCACGGACUCUUCAGGAGCAAGGCUGCCCCUGUCGGUGAGAGCAGCUUCCUGGGUUACCAGCCACCUCCUGUGGCAGGAGCUGUCCGUCUCGUCCUGUGUGCUCUGCAGCCCAUCAAUGUCCGUCUUGUGCAUUAACCCCACAGCCACUUGUCCUCCUUGCCGGCCUGGGGCUGCUCCCUGCUCUAAGGGCCCAGCAUCCCAGUUGGGCCAGGUUUGCAGCAGGGCUCCCCUGGUGGGUGCUGAGCUCUCUAGAAAACCUGGAUCCAUAUCGUCCCAGCACAUGGGCUUUGGUCUUUAAUCCUUCUUCCACCAGCCAUCUGCGCCCAUUGAUGGAUGUCUGACACCCCUAAACCCAUGUGGCCUGCCUCACACGGCUUCCUGCCAUGACACUGGGCUGUGAUAAAACGGUUUGAGACCAGACUCGGCCAAGACCCCGAUCGUCCUCGUGCUGGCAGAACCGGACUGACCCUUCACCUGCCUGUGGGGCAUCCGUCAGCAGCACAUGCCAGCUUGAAGGACCCGGGAGAACUAAGGGCCACCACCUGCUAGGCUGGCAGCCUGAACUCCCCGGUUUUGAGCCUCUGCUCGGGGGGGGCGGGAUCAUGGUUAGUUUUACUUUGUUUUUUAGCUAGAGGAGGGGGAAAUGCUGAGCUUGUUUUGUGCAAGUGGACUGAGCAGGUUGCUGGGCCGUACCGGCCGCGCCUUAUCUCAUACGGCAGCUGCAUUCCUACGUGUUUAGUGGUUGUAGAUAGAGUGGGCCAGGAAACGGGGCUUCCCUGGGAAAUCAAACUCCAAAAUAGUUUGAUUCUGAAAUGCUGCCAGUGUCUUGUGGGAGUUUUAGUUUGGGUGCCUUGAGUCCUCAUUGUCCUCUAAAGGUUGGGCUCCCUGGUCAGACUACAUUUCCCAUGGUGCACCAUGGAAGGGGAGGCAGUGCCUUAUGGGAAUUGUAGUUUGGGUGCUUCACACUCCCAAUCUCUGUGUGCCAGGCUCCCUGAUUGGAUUCUGUCCAGGGGCGGCGAGUUGUAUGGUCCCGCAGGCUCGAGCGAUCUUCAGGGCCCGGGGGCCUGGCUUCACCAAUGUGAAGCACCUCCCUGGGUCCCAGAGCAUCCCUGCCUCUCUCCUGCCGCUCCAUGCUGACUCGGCUCUUUUGGCUCCCUGCAUCAACUGCUGCCACGGGGUCCUAGUGCCCCCCUCACUAAUGGCAGGGCAGGCUGCCCUUCUGCCUUGGACCAUUCCCUUACCCGGCAGCGCCCGCCCCCGCCCGCAGUCACCACUCCUGCCCCAUACUGGGCAAGGGGCAGCCCCAUCCCUCACCCCCAGUGAGGCUACAAUGAGGGGCAGCAGCAGGGGAGAAGGCACACAUGUGAUGGCAGCCCCCCGGCACCCACCACAGGGGAGGCAAGGGGGCUUCCUGGACCUGAGAGGGACCCUAGGAGCAUGUGCAGUGACAGUGGUGUAGGGUGAGGGGAGAAAAGGGGCCCCUCCCACAGAGCUCACGGCUGCUGGGGGGAGAGGGCUGGGGGGAGUCCUCCUCUCUGGCUCCAGCCGCAGGGCAGCCUGCACACACCCCAAACCCGUCAUCUCCAGCCCCACCCCACAGCCCUCACCCCUGCACCCCUCCCUCUGCACCCCCUCCAUCCCCAAACUCUCUCCCAGAGCCUGCACCCCACACUCGCUCCUACACCCCCACCCCCUGCCCAGAGUCUGCCCCCAAACUCCCUCCCAGAGUCUGCACCCCCAGCCCGGAGCCUGCACCCAGCACCCAAACUCCCUCCCAGAACUUUAGACAGGUGGGGGAUGGAGUUGGAGGGGGGGUUCUGGGUACCACCACCAUUUCUACAAACCUGCCACCCCUGAUUAUGUCUCCACUACUCGCUCUGGCCCUUCAUUUGCCAUCAUGUAUGGCCUCCUGUCACCAAGAGGGGAGACCAUGGUGGGAAAUGUCUCAAAAAGCUAGAUUACAAUUGGAAAAGGUUCAGAAAGGGGUAACAAAAAUGAUUAGGGGCAUGGAACAGCUUCUGUGUGAGGAGAGAUUAAUCAGACUGGGCCUUUUCAGCCUGGAAAAGAGGCGACUAAGGGGGGAUCUGAUCGAGGGCCAUAAUGUCAUGAGUGGUGUGGAGAAAGUCAAUAAGGACGUGUUAUUUACUUCUUGUCAUAUCACAAGAACCAGGGGUUACCCAAUGAAAUUAAUAGGCAGCAGGUUUAAAACAAACAAAAGGAAGUAUUUCUUCACACAAUGCACAGUCAACCUAUGGAACUCCUUGCCAGAGGAUGUUGUGAAGGCCAAAACUAUAAUAGGGUUUGAAAAUAAGUUUCUGGAGGAUCGGUCCAUUAAUGGCUAUUAGCCAGGAUGGGCAGGGAUGGUAUCCCUAGCAUCUGUUUGCCAGAAGCUGGGAAUGGGUGACGGGAUGGAUCACUUGAUGAUUCCCUGUUCUGUUCAUUCCCUCUGGGAUACCUGGCACUGGCCACUGUCGGCAGACAGGACGCUGGGCUAGAUGGACCUUUGGUCUGACCCAGUCUGGCCAGUCUUAUGGUCUUAGCCCUGCCAGGGAGCUAAGAGGAGGAGAGCAGGUGCAUGAGGCACCGCAACUGCAUUUCAGAAUCAAAAUAUUUAGGUUUGGGGUGAGUUUUUCAACAAAAACUGGAAAAUUUAUUUGGAAAUUAGACACUUUACCCCAAAUUCCUGUAGCUGAAAACUCAAGCCUCUGACAAAAUUGUUUUUGAAGGAUGAAGGAGUGGCACUACUUAUAGACCCUGGCAGAGGGCACUAGGGCUCUGGGCAGCUGGCCCUGGCGGGCAGGUUAGGCCCACAAAUGAGUUGGGUUUCCAGGGCUGCCUUUGCUCCCACUGUGGGUUCCUUCCUCUGAGCAUGUCUCCACAGAUUGCAGUGGGGCUGGAUCAUCCUUCCCUGCCCCAAGGGCCUUGUUCCCUUUAUGUUACAUUGCACCGGCAUAAAGGUCCCAGUAUGGGGAUGAAAAUCCAGCCCAGCUGUAGUACGGGCAGCAGAAUCUGGACCCAGGUCAUUGUUGUUUUUACCAAUCCAGCGGAACGUGCGUGUGUGUGGGUGUGUGUGUGUGAGAAACAAAUCUGAGAAAGCUGGGCCAGAUCCUCAGCUGGUGUAAAUUGGUAUCUCUCCAUCAGCUGCAUUAGAGCUAUCUCUAUUCCCUCUAUUGUAACGUUAACCCUUCCCCCUCCAGUACUCCCACCACGUGCCAUGAAGCUGACACGCAACCCGUCAGUCUACCUUCAGGCUGAGCAAAGAACCCCAACGGGAUCAUGUGGUUUGGGCUCCUUCCCCCGUCCCGGGGUGCCAGCACAGCUGGGAAUGUCCCUUUGCUCUGCUCUGGAUUCUCGGGGUGGGGGGGACUAGGAUCCUGUGUUAGACAAGACCCUCUCGUGCUGCGCAGCAGCGCCCCCCAGGCUCUGUAACUGGGGCCUGAGCCUCAGAGAGGCCCGUUGAGGUAGUAUCCAAGCUGAAAGCAGGUGUUCUUGGGAGCCAGCCGGAGCCACCUGGGGCCCGAUCUUCAGAGGAGCUGCAGGUUCCCAGCGGUUUGGAAAAUCUCCCCUUUCCCCUCCCCCAUGCUUCAGGUGGGUCUGCAAAAGCUGGCCUUGGUGUGGCACUGAAAUGCUGUGAACUGAGCCCCAUGGGGUGGCUGGACCCAGCUCCCUGGCACUAGUGUUGUUAAGAGGAGCUGUUUUUGUACUCUGUGUAUGGGCAUUGAAACAUGAACCCUUGCCAGAGGGGUUGGCUCUGUACCCGACUCUCUCUCAUACAUUCUAUUUUUAAACAAA